AUGAAUCCUAAUUUAAGGAAGCGCCGGGCUUACUGCCCCGAGCAAUCGCCUGCCGAGCCAGUGCUCCAGGACUUCCCUCAUCGAUCCUCGCCCGGGUGUUUUGAGACCCCACCCCUGCCGCUCAACAACCACUUGCCGGUCAACCAUCAGUAUAUACUUAGGCAGGCCCCCAACAUCGAGGUGACGAUCACAGUAUCUCUUUAUGACCUGUUGAACUUGCAUCGUCCAGAACAGCGACAACUGUUGCUCGAGAAAGCCGCACCAAGCCUCGAGGUCCCAGUUGGCACUCUUCUGGAACUCACCAAGCUGCAGUCCCACGCCCACAAGAGGCCACGUCUCGAUCCACCCCUCGCCAUGUCAACACCGUAUACAGACGAUCCAUCUGCACAUGAGGAGGGUCAGGAGAAGCCGCCACCCAGCGGGCGAUCAAAUCAUGAUCCCAACAAUGGGUCCCGCAAACCUUUCACUGCCUUCGCUGAGCCUGGCUGUUUCCCGUCAGGUUGGAGUAGCGGGCCUUUAGCAAGCUGCCUCCAGGAUUACUUGUGCCAGCCAUUCUCAAGCUUUAUCGGCCCUUCAGGUAUGUUUACAGGUGCUGGUAGAGACGGUAAACCAGCAAGACUGACCGUGGCUCCAGAAUACUCACCCCUCCCACCUACCACACAGCAUGAGUAUGGCGGUGUCAGACCAGCCAUGGUUGAUGGCGUGGCAUCCUUUCAACCUACCACCACAGUCUCCAUGAGCUCGACAUCUGUGCCAUUAGAUCCGAUAUCACUAUUCGCAGGUGGUGGUGAUCCGGAAAUUGGGGAUCCUUUCUUGGCCAGUUACCCGCCACUUCAGCCUACUCCACUAACGGGAACGCAGCCUUUGGCAGCCAGAGAAGAGAUGAUUUAUCCCACCACUUCGCCAAUCGCUAACUACGAUAGUUCGCCUGACAGCUCUCGUGCAGCAGUGACGGGUGCGGGGGUUCGGCCGCCCCAGCCGCAUCUUAUGAGUCCCACAGUUACAUCACUCAUGUCAAGCAGCUAUUCAGCUGAACUUGACUCUUCAGUGUAUGGACGGACCGGAAGUAUGCCGGGUAUGCAUCAAGGUUAUAUGGCUGAGCAAGCUUUUGGCGUGAAGAAUGAUUCGAUGAGAUACGAAAUGCAACAGCGACCAACAGCAUUUGACAUGUUUCCCCACUCAAGAACCAUCUCAGCCAGACGUGGCCCCUUCAAGAACCACGACCAGCGUGAACAGACAGCUCACACUAGAAAAAUCGGAAGCUGUAUCAGGUGCCGAAUGCAGCGAAUUCGGUGCAACCUCGACCCUGAAGAUGAAAAGGGACCCUGCCUGGGAUGCAAGAAGAUUACGGCCAACACCACCAAGAUCUACCGGCUGAACUGCCUACGUUGGAAGAUCAUGGACGUCAAGCUAUUCAAGCCUGGCCAGGUCAAGGACCACAAAUGGACCGAGCGCUGGAAAGACAGCGUGGUAGAUGACAUCGGAAACUGGGCCUCUUCGGAAGUGAGGACGAUUAGAGUCACCGAAGGGUAUACCGGUAAAUGGAUCGAGCUCCAGGUCCGUCAGUUCGAACCGCAGCCUGGCGACAGCCUAUACAGAAAGUGGGUUUCCAAGAACGGCGAGGUCAAGCGAGCCAGAGUCCCGGCCUUUGCUAUCGUCGACAUGGAAUCCGCCAAGACCUCGUUCAACGAGUACAUCAAGCGGGCCCUGGGAAACUGCUGCACCUACCUGCUGCGCAAGGAAAGGCUCCUCCAACGUACAUACUCUCUUGCCAUUAAGGUUAUGAAGCGCUCAUCCACGCACGAAACCGAACGCAGGCUGAUUAAGAGCACUCUCGAUCUCUGGAUGUCAGUAAGGCUGACGACCAAGUCGUUUGAGAUCGUCGGGGAGGAGAGGCUGGGCAUGCCGCAGGAUAUCAUCGAUGACCCGGACAGCCCUUUGUGCGGCAAGAUCCCGCUGCCCCCGGUCAUGGGAGCGCAGAUUGAUUCCAUCCUGAUCCACCAGGUCCAGCCCCAGCUUCGCCGGGACACGCUGGAGGAGCUGCAGAAGAUGACCCAGGAGAAGAAGCAGAGAACAUGGCUUACCACGUAUCUGGUGACGUUUAUCCUGUUACACAACAUCGCCCUCAUCACCAAACACGACGCAGAUUACGCCAAAAAGCACAACAUGGGGAGACGAUUUGCCAGGGAAGACAGCGUCAGAGAGUACAACAUUGGCGAGUCAUUGACUGAUGAAACAAAAACAGGAGCGAAUACGCUUCUCGCCUACUUCCACUAUUGCAACCGGGCGAUCUACCCAUUCUCUGCAGAAUGCAAGGACCCAGAUCUCCAAAGCCUGGCGGAGCUUGACGAAGACGCCAUGCGAUUCGUGCGCGAGACUCGGCAGUUGGUAGCUGAACAAAAAUCAGAUUGGGAAGGAGUGUUGGCGAGAGAAGAGUACGAGGACCAGUACUACUAUGUCAGUCAGCUUUAUGAGCCAAACUGGCAACCUCGAGUCAUGGCCUAG